AUGCAACUGAAAUUAUCUACCAGCCUUUACUACCCGAUCACCGUCACAGACCUGUUGAAGAAGACCGGCGAUGAGGUAAGCCAGGGGGAUGGGCUGUUCUCAUACACUUAUCGCACGACUGUGACGGAGGGUGAUGGGCUGGGUAACAAGGUGGACGUCGUGAGGACGUUUCCUACGAGAUUUGAAAGCACCGUUGACGGAACCUUGGUAGCUUGGAAGAUCCGGAAGGGACAGGUUAUUGAGGCACCUAUUAACAUUGCCGAGAUAGACGAGCCAUGCGCUCACGAAGUGCAAUUUGGUGGCAUGUGUGCCAACUGCGGCAAGGACAUGACCCAGUGA